AUGAUCGUGCAUAGUCUUAGCGACAUUGGAGUGGUCGCAAUUUGCGGACCGGCUCGCAUUAUCCAAAGUCCGGAUGUGAACGCCAAGCUUUUAUAUCAUAAUAUCUUACGCGGCCAUCGUGACAAACAUUGGUACCUUUCGGACCGGAAGGUUGAAGCGAUGCGCAACACCAUGCUGCUCCCGUUCCGUCGCUGCGGCGCGGACAUCAGGACCGAUUCAGGACCGCCAUACCGGUCUCGCACGCGCCAUCUGGGAUCCACCUCGCUAGGCAAGUGCCGUUGA